UCAAAUAUUCAUAUAUUAAUGCAAACGAGAAGAUUGGAAUUAUUAAGGCUGAGCCGGCAAAAAUAGAAAGGACCGCAUUGAUCCGUGACUGAAACCAUGGUAACGUACCUAUACUCCAUAUUGAAACAAACUGGCUGCAGUCUCGCCAUUAGCAAUCGCUCAAAUCCGAUAGCGAUUUCAUUAUCUAAAAAUCAACUAAUCAAUUAGUAACUAAUUUAAUAGAUCGUGGGAAAUGUCGAGAGUUAUAUUUUAAUCCGGAAACAGUAGACAUUAUGGAUAUUGACGAGAGAAGUAGUGGAGAAGAGGAUACAGCACCGUCGAUAAGUGCAUUUACGAAAUUCGACGAGAGCAUUGUUGUGAAAAACGCCGAAGAAAUUAAGAGCCCAGUGAGUCGCCGAGGAUCUCUUAUGAAGACUUCGAAAAAUGCAGCGAGUGAUAUCAGCGAUGAUCUGGAGAUGAAUUCGCCGGAAAGACCAGCUUUUCGAAUGAUUUCGCCACCUGUGAAUUCGUUUCAACAGGCGGUUGGUGUUGGUAGUGAUCCAUCCGACAGUGAAGAGACUGAUGAUGAUGACAUACAAGGAACGAGUGUCAAGAAACCCAUUGAAUUAUACAAUGCCAAGGAAUUUGAAGAGCUUAAUGUAUCCGCAGAAGUCAGAGAAUUAUUUCAAAAUAUUACGAGGUAUACUCCCCAAAAGAUAGAGCUCAGUUAUAAGCUCGCACCGUACAUAUCAGAUUUUAUACCAGCAGUCGGGGAUAUCGACGCCUUCAUAAAGGUUUCCCGACCAGACGGGGUUGAUAACAAGAUCGGAUUGAUCGUCUUGGAUGAGCCCUGCGCAAAUCAAUCCGAGCCAGCAGUACUGCACUUGCAACUGCGGAGUCACAGUAAAAGUGCAGAUGCCCGGCAGCAGGUGGUAAUAAAGAGAAUAGAGGAGGCAGAGAAGAAUCCAAGAUCCAUCGAAAAGUGGAUAGACGAUUUGAGCAUGCUGCACAGGAGCAAACACCCUCCAGCUGUUCGACUGACUGAACCCAUGCCUGACAUUGACAGUCUAAUGCAGCAGUGGCCCCCCGAGGUCGAGAAUAAACUCAAUGAUGCUCAGUUGGACCUGACUAAUUUCGAUUGCGAUCUUCCACAUCUUGUUGAUAUUGUUUGUAGUCUUAUGGACAUUCCGGUGAAACCAGAAACUCGGCUAGAAUCUCUGUACACACUUUUCAGUUUGUUUUUAGAAGUUCGAGAUAUCAAGGAUUCGCCGACCUUUUGAGGACAAAUAGACUAUUUUCAAAUACUGCUGUCAAGAGUUCUUUUUCUCUUUCUGUACGACUGUCACAAAUUUCCAGGGAAAAAUUACAGUUAUUUUUCAUUUGCAUAGAUGGAAUACCAUAUUUUUUACCCGAUUUUAAAUUCAGGGAGAAAAAAUUACAAAUUUUACAAAUUAAACUCUCUCACUGAUAUUAAUUGUGCGCUCUCUUGUUUUUUUUUUCUCAUUGAACAACAUUUUAUAAAACUCAAUAAAUUGUUCUAUCCAACCUA